CUUUUUCGUUUUCUCUUUCAGGCAAAGUGUACAACAUCACCCCUUACAUGGAGUAUCACCCUGGGGGAGAUGACGAAUUGAUGAGAGGGGCGGGGAUUGACGGAACUCAACUGUUUGAUGAGGUUCAUAAAUGGGUAAAUUAUGAAUCAAUGUUGGAGAAGUGCUUUGUGGGAAAGCUGAAGUCGACAACUCCAGUCCAUAGAAGAGUUUCCUUGUUAAGGACCCUGGAACCUUCUAUAUCUGCACCAGGGCUUAGUAACUCUGUUGGAAAAUCCCUUAGUACAGAUUCAAAGAAUGGGCCCAUGCCUCCUCCAUCAAUGAAAGUACCGCAAGUACCAGCAGUUCCUAAGUUUGAUUGGUUCCAAACAAAGACUACAGUGACUUUAGUGGUGUAUACAAAAUGGAAGUCCAUGAAGUCGGAUUUUGUGGUUAUAGACUAUUGUGAUAACAAAUUUCUAGCCUCACUCUACAUAGAAGAUUAUAUUUACUAUUUACAUAUAGAACUUGCAGAGGCAAUAUCAUUAAACUAUGAAGUCACUGUCAUCAAGGACACUGGAAAAACAGAAAUUGUACUCACAAAAGAGAGACCUGACCAGCAGUGGUCAAGCCUGGGCAGAAAUCUAGAGAGACACAACAAAGUGGUCAAAGUCAAAAACCAAGAAAUAGAUUACAGGAGGUGUGCCGUUGAUUGUAUAUCUCAAGUUACCCAUGAUUCCAAGCUAUUAUGUCUGUCACUUCCUACUGGAAGCAGAAUGUGUGUACCUAUUGGAUACCAUGUCCACAUCAAGCAUAAAGUCUCAGGAAUGGAGGUGGUUAGGAGUUACACGGCUGUUUUACCGACCAUGACCGGGGAGCAGGAUAAAAGGGUCAAGGACGGUAAAGUCCUGUACCUGAUGAUUAAGAUCUAUAAAGGGGGAGCACUCACUCCCUGGAUUGAUUCCCUUAAUACAGAUGACCUAGUGGAGGUCAGUACAUUUACUGGGGACUUUGAUGAGCAGCGUCUGUCUGUGUGUCAGGAUUUAGUCAUGUUUGCUGCAGGAACGGGUUUUACACCAAUGGUCCGCAUCAUUAACCACUGUAUAGAGGACCCUAAGUCAUUAGUAAAUGUUAAGUUAUUAUUUUUCAAUAAGAAGGAAGAAGACAUUCUAUGGUAUGACCAACUACAGGCUUUAGCUGAGAAGAAUGACAGAUUUUCUGUUGAGUACAUUCUGUCCGAGGCCAGUGAAAGCUGGCAUGGUAGAACAGGAAGGAUAACUCUAGAUCUGAUGAAGAACUCAUUACCUCAACAGAAGAAUCAGUCCAGUCUACUUAUAUGUGCCUGUGGUCCCACUCCAUUUACUAAUUUAGUUACUAAAUUUGCCAAGGAAUUAGGUCAUUCUGGUAGUGAGUACCAUGCAUUCCAAGGAUGAAGCAGUCCCAAGUGAGCUCAAAACAUACACAAAUUAUCUCAGGGAAUCCGUUUCAGAACUGUGUUGCUGUGGCUCUUCUAGAGGCUAACCACUAUCUAACACUGAAUUCCAGGCAAAAUGGACACUAGUCAUCAAUUUGUACCAGAACUAUCUACCAUAUUGGUUUAGAUAAUCACUGUGACUUGAUGGUUACAUUUACUUGCAGAAACUGUGACAUAUAAAAGUGUGAAAGUUUAGAAUUGACCUGCUUGUGUGUCUGUGGGUAUUUUUAUCCAAAGUCAGCAGCAAUGUCUAUUGCUAAGGCAUUCAUUUCAGUGUCUCAUAGCUGCAUUGUCCAUUUCCAUAUAAACUCAGAUUUAAGUAAUUGUUUCAAUGGGCAUAGUAUAUUUAUUUUUAUUUGCUAAAAAAUGUAAUAUAUUGUAUGGAAAGAAUUCACAUUUUUUAGAAAGGGGCCUGGACUUUUUGCAGAAAAUGUUAAAGUAAUGUUGCUAGAAUGAUGUCAUCUUCCUUUAAAACCAUUUUGUAACAUGUCAUGUUAAAAGCAAUUAAAAAAACUUACUGUAUAAUCCCUAUAAACUGCCCCUAUAAGCGCCCCCUUGGGUCUUUUUCAAUUGUCAGGAAAUAAGGCCCCCCUGUACAGUGCAUAGAAUUAUCAAGAAUCGUAUCAAAAGUCUACCAAAAUUUGAAGGAAUUGACAAUGAAACUUGUUCAUUAUCCAAUUUCUUGGUGGAAAAUGAUUCAUUUAGCAUUGAUUAUCUUCCUUUAAAGUAAACUUAGACAUUAUUUUGGAGAUUCUUUGAAUUUAUUUUUGUUCAAAAUAUUUUUUGAAGUUAAGAUAUAUUAAAUGUUAAAAGAGAAUACCAAAAUAACAUUUUCGCAAUUUUCUAAGCACCUUGGGCGGUUAUUAGGGAUUAUACGGUAUUUUAAUCGGUGAGAAAAAUAUUCAGUGUUAGUGAAAUGAUGGAAUUGAUAAAAUAAAAAAUCGAAUUCAUUAUGAAUAUUGUUAUGUUUUCAGUUGCAACAAUUGGAAAAGAAGCUAUGUGUAUAUUUUACAGAUAUAUUUUUAUCCUUACAUUGUAUACACUAUCUAUUUAAAAAAAGUUAUAUUUUAAAGAAAUUUUUUAAAAUAUUUUCUUCAAGAAAUUUAUACUUUAACAGCUGUAAUACAUGUAGCAAUCUUGACAAUGUAAUUGUAAGACUGCAGAUAUUCUGAUGAUCAUACAUAGAUUUUCUAUCACCUGAAAUUUUAUGAAAUUAAAUUUUUAAAAUUAAGUAGAGUUUGAAAUUAUUUCGCUACAGUCAAAUGUAAAAACAUACUGUAAGUUUUCUGCCAAGUACUUGAAUGUGAUACAAUGUACAAGUAUUUGUAAAUGUAUUGCACUGUAGUGCUAAGCAGUUUCUCGAUUCCAGUAUCUGUGAUAUAUAUAUAGUAUCUAGUAUUUGUUAACAGGCAUUUUUUAAGAUGUUUAGUUAUAAAGAGAAAAAGAAAUAUGUGUAGAUACUAUAAACCUUUUGUGUACAAAUUGUGAUUGACAUCAUAAGCUUUUAUGAACACCUGUCAUAUACCAUGCCAUUGAAGGAGGGUCAGCAAGAUUUGGAGGAGUCUAAACUGAAACACAAUUGAACUUUGGUAUCUUGAACAUCCAAUUUGUCAAACACCAGAAUAUGUCUAAAGUGAGUUGGAUCUUCCCGCCACUGCUUCUUUUUGUAUUUUAUUCUAAGUAUGUGGAAUCCUAUGAUAUCUGAUAAGUAUUUUACCCAUUGAGUCAUUAUAUAAUGAGGUUUCACUGUAUUUUAUAUAGUAUUUUAUGAAUAUAAUGCUGGGUAAAUCACCGGUAUAUUUUUAUGAAUACUUUAUUGGUAUGGUCUUCACAAUGUAAAGGCUCCAUGAUUAAAACUAAACAUGACAUUGGAAAUGAGUUCACUAUUAAAUAGUGACGUGGUAUGAGUUACUUCCCUUUGCCUGAAAUAGUGUUUUUGCAAGUGUAUGAACAUUAACUCCCCAAUACAAGAAUGGUACUUUAUCUGUUAUGUUGCAUCCUACUUCCAUUUAGUUGCUCAACUGUUAUUUUUGAUAGCGUUUGUAUAACUUUAAAAAGAAAAUACGUUUUGAUGAUUAGUUUGGUUUUUUUCAUUUUCUUGCACAGUAAAAAUUUUCUACAAUGUAUACUGACACAAUAUCUUACUUUUUUAUAUAAAUGUUACGAGGUACUUGCAGUGAUUAAAAAGAUUUGUUUGUAUCUGAAUUUAUGAAUGUUAAAUUCAUUGUCGAGUCAUACAUGUAUUUUUUACACUUUGUACACCAUAGUGUUAUUUUUGUUGUUAUAGAAACAUGUUUUUAGUGUUAUUAAAAUUAAAAUUCUUAGAUAACAUGUCACUUGUUUUGUGUGGAAGCUUGAUGGGGUUUGAUAAACUAUCAGUUAUUCAAAA